CAGCAUUUUCAAGCAGUGCUGAACCAGGUCAGGAGUGGCAGGCGAAUCUUGGAUAGCUACAGUACCAUUCACCUUUACUACAAAACAAAACCUCAGGAGAAGAUGUGGGCUCAAUCAGAAAGCAGUUCGGAAGUUGAGGACAUGGACAUCUCAGACAUGCCUGUUAUGACAGAUUACAAAACAAAUUCAUGGCAUUGGUUCUACCUGGACACGAGGGGAACGUGGCACAUGUUUGAGAAUGAUCAAAUGGAAAGAAACUCUCUGACCAGUCAGGACAUUGAAAGGUAUUACACAAGAAAUCCAAAAGGAGUGUUACAGAUAUCCACAUCCAGAGGCAUCAACAAGCUGGAUUUCGCUGAGAUGGUUCUGACUGACAUCAAAACAAGGAAGCAGACGCCAAUCAAACGAUCCAACAACACUCACAACACUGGGAAUAGUGGAAGAUGCUCUUGUGUUAGUCCAGUGCCCACACACUGGGAAGCGGUGGACCCCAAAUACCCCUAUCAGGUGUUCUGUCUGAAGAGAGACACAGCUGAAUAUGAUUAUGUGGCAGGCUGCUUAAAGGAUGGAGAACUAGACAGACGCAUCAAAUCCAUCUGUAGAAUACAGAACCUGGACCUCUGGGAGUUUUACUGUAGGAAAAAGAUUCAGUUGGGAAGGAUUCAAGGUGUUACAGAGGUCAAGGAGGAGAAGCUGUUUCAUGGAACAAAAGUCAGCAACGUACACUCUAUUUGUACAUACAAUUUUGACAACAGGUUAGCUGGUAUCAACGGCCAUAUUCUUGGAAAAGGUACCUACUUUGCAAAAUUUGCCUCAUAUGCAGAUAAGUACAGUCCAUGGAACACUGAUCCAGUACCUCUGUUUGGUGAGGCACCACAAGGCUUCAGUAGCCAAAAGACCAAAACAAUGUUUCUGUGCAAGGUGAUAGUUGGGAAAACUACACUGGGAAAGACAGAUUACCUCAAGCCUGAUGACAAAAGUGCUAUCAACUUCCAUGACAGUUGUGUGGACAAUGUCAUAUAUCCCAGAAUUUUUGUCAUAUUUGAUCCCAAUCAGAUAUAUCCAGAGUACUUAAUUCAGUACUAUUGAAAUAAAGAUGGAGACCGAGUGACCUACACUGAGUUGCCAUGUGCAAUA